AUGCUUGACUGGUUAACUGGACACAGCAAACCGUUACGUGUAAAGGUGUCUACAAUGGAAGCGGAUUUGAAUGCAAUUAGUAUGGACAGAGAUGCUUUAGGACAGGAUUUAUUUGACACAGUCUGUAAAAUUAUUGGACUACGAGAAGUUUGGUAUUUUGGACUUUGCUUUACAAAUAGGAAAGGUUAUACUUGUUGGGAUCAUUCUAUGCCUAAACAAUCAGAUGGUUCUUUACAUUUUCUUUUUCUUGUUAAGUUUUUUCCAGAGUCUGUAAAGACUGAAUUGAUACAGGAUUUGACGAGGCAUCUUUUCUUCCUUCAAAUCCGUCAAUCAAUUCUUUCAAUGGAUCUUUAUUGCCCUUCUGAAGCGGCAAUUUUGUUAGCCUCAUAUGCAGUACAAGCAAUGUAUGGUGAUUACCAAAACGAUGAAAAUAUUGAGUUGGACUUGACCAAAUUAAUUCCUCCCUCAGUUAUUCAACAAUAUGAUAUGAGUGCGGAUAUGUGGCAUGAGAAAAUUGGCAAUUGGUGGGCUAAUAAUAGCGGACUUAGUCGUGAGGACGCCGAAGAGGAGUUUUUAUGUAUUGCUGAGGAAUUGGAUAUGUAUGGGACUUCAUUUUACAAAAUUCUGGUUGGGUAUUUUUUAAAUAUCUUCAGAAAUAUUUUCAGAAUCAACGUGGCACCGAAUUGCUGUUGGGGGUAUCUGCGCAAGGAUUGGGUUUGUUUUUGA